GGCACAGGCAGCACUGUCUGUGCCUCCUUGCAUGAAUCACUCCCUCACUGCAGACCCAACAGAGCUCUUAGCACAGUAAAAGCCUUUCAAAUUCAACCUCUAAAGGUCCUAUUUCUGCAGCCAGCACAGUCCAAGAGAAGCAUUUCAAAAAUGGCAGUAGAGGAUGGUUUCAGCUAUCUAAUGCCAGGCCACAGUGAGAAACACAGGCGGGCCCCAAACUGGACCGAUGGUGAAAUGAAAGCCCUCCUGUACGUGUGGGAGGAACACCACAACGAACUGAAAAUGAGCAAGAGGAAUGCUAAGGUUUAUGAGAAGAUGUCCCAGAGGUUUUUCCAGCUGACUGGAGAGCAACGCUUCAAAGAGGAGAUCAAGAUGAAAAUCACCAACAUGUCUUUCCAGUACAGGCGACUGAAAUCCACAGUCGGUGAAAGCAGUGAGACACCAGACUGGCCUUACUAUAAGGCCAUUGAGAAGAUCCUCUCUAAGCCACUGGAGAACGGGCGAGUGAACUCUUUGGAGUUUCAGGCCUCUGCUGCUGGCCCCUCCACUUCCUCCCAGUCUACAGACAACCUGGUUCCCCAGUCAGAGGAGGGGAUGAUGGGAUUCCUGCCAGAGUACACAGGCUCCUCAGAUGAGAUGGAGAUAAAACAGGAGCUGGACUCUUUGAGCUCUGACAGUGAGCACACACAGGGCUCCAGCUCCCAUCCUAUUUCAGCCAGGAAGAGACAUGCCAACAAGCACCUGUCAAUGAAGAGGAAGAAACUACGGGUGAUGCAGGCCAUGCUGCAGCAACAAAGGAGGUCAAGUCGGGCCAUAGAGGAAACGUGCAGGGAGGUUCGUCGAGCCAUGCACCAACAAAACCUCCUCCAGGUCCAGUGUCUGCAGCUGCAGGAGCGUAUGAUGAACCUCCUGGAGAAGAUGAUCCAACCUCCCUCCACCACAUCGGCAUCAUGGGGUCAGAGCGGGGCCAAAGAUCUAGGGAAGCCAUGACGUGUGAGGGUUAUGGUUGUUGGGAGAGGCCAUGGUCUUGCCUCACCUAUAGCCUCUUUUAAGCAAAAAUAAAGAAUAUCUUUUGGUUUCAGUUUUAAAGUAUUUUUCAUGUUAUAAAGUAUAUGACUCAUCAAUGAAGGAAUGGUACAGAGAUGUACAAAAAUAUGCCAGUACAAUUUCUUAAGGUGUCAUCAGUCAAAAUAUCAUUAAUGGAAGAUGACAGUGUUGAAAGCCAUGAUGACAUAAGCUGGCACCUUAGCCUCUACACUGAGUUAGGCUCAAAUGUAAAUUUUCAUUUUAAUUAUAGUUGUACCUGUCUUGAUAAACUGUCCUGUUCAAAUCACUGUGGGAACAACAGACUUCAACAGAUUUAUCUUAUCACUUGCUGGGAAAUUAUGAUUCCAAAACAGGGCAAUUUGUAGCAUUAUGAAGCAGGACUUGAGAGAAUGAUCCCUGCUGAGGAGGCUGGAAAGAAGCUGUGAGCAAAAACACUGCAGUCACUAGCCAACACAAACUUCACCAGGCUUCUUGUAAAAGGACAUUUUACAUCUCUCAAAUGUCUCCUUUUAGUGCACAGUACCAUUACAGUCAGUAUAAACAGAAACAUUCUGGUCUACCAUCUCCUGUGGAAGAGACAGAGCUAUUUCUAGUCUUGAUUUUUUUUAGCUCAUCAAAACUGAAUGGAAAAGACAGAUGCCUCUGAUGGUGGGAGCUUUGCGCUUCUAAAAUUAGAGUAAUUUUUCUGCUUUCAACUGAAAGACUUAUUCAAGGUGAAGUUUGUCUAGAUGUAAUAAAUAAAGGUUUGAGAAAUACUGACUCACUAAUAAUUAUUUUAUUUAUAUCCAGUCAUUUCUGAUGGUACUGUACAUGCACACUAAUUGGGCUGAACAAAAUCAACAGCGCAUUUAAUCUUGGGUAGCAUUGUGCUUUUUAAAAAAGCACAAAACCUUUUUCCAGUGCUAUGUAAAGUCAUAAAGAUGACAUGUUCUUGUUUGCGGUUUUGUUGAAUAAACCAGUGGACUGGACAUUGCUUAAUGUGUGGCACUGUAAUUUUCCCUGAAUAUUUCUGCAAGAUAAUUAAAUGCAAAAUGUUUACCUUUCAUCUUUUAAGAGGAUUACGGGAAAAUAAAAACUAAAUUUGUUCCAUCACACAUUACACCUGCUCCACAGAGCU